AUGCGGCAGCACUCAAGCGUAUGUUCCCUAUGGAAAGACAUUCCUAUACGCGUCUUGUUCACUCCUCGAACUGCAGCAUUUACACGCGCUCUGACGUGCUUAUUAAAAUACGGGGACGACCUCACAAUCUACGCAGCCCCAGAUAGCCUAUCUCUAUCCGCAACGAACUCAUCUCUGUCAGCAUAUAGUCGGUUCCGGUACGAGCGACAGUUCUUCGUCAAUUACAGUGUGGGAGAAAAGCGAGUAAAUUCAGGGUCGUUUGCAAGGGAUGUUGAAGAGGUACAGGUUGUCACUGGUCAGCUGUUGACCAAGGCAGGUACCUCACUAUAUGCGUCCAUGACCGUGGAUAAAACUGUCAACCGAUGUGAACUAUCAAUCAUCGAAGGUGGCGCUGAGUCAGAGGACAAUGAAGACCAGGACAGUUUGGAGAGCAAGCUGAUUGUACGUCUCCAUUGCGAACAUGGGAUCGUGAAGACUCAUCGUUUGCUGCUGUUGACCCCAACAUCAUUAAUGGCGCCCGGGGUUCCCAAUGAUCCAACUGAGUCCAAGAUUAUGAUUGGGUCGAGGAUGCUGAAAGAGAUGGUUGAGCACUUUGGCACCAGCAGGAGCAGCAAAAAUGACCCGCAACUUAUUUGGUGCUUUGAUUCGUCCGAGCUACGUGUCGGGAAUCUUGAAUCUUCUCUCAAUGCAAAAGGCCACACGCAAAUGUCGACUGAUAUCACUCUUGGCGCUGAUGGGUUUGAUGUGUACGAUAUCUAUCUCACUCCGACAACCCUAGUCUUUCACUUGCGUGAAUUCAACGCUACAGUUGUAUAUGCAGAAUCCAUGUCUCUCGACAUGGAGAUGAAAUUCACCGAUCCAGCGGCACCUUUAUUUAUUAAUAUUGAAAGCGACAGUAUAGAAGGCCUGUUUGUCGUCUCAACGAGUCACGCUCCCGGCGCAUCUACUGCCGGUCGUGGGACCAGUCAAGCACGAUCAACAACUGAUGCCUCCGUCUCUCAGACACGUAAACGAGCACGGGAAGAUGAUCAGGACAGCAGGGAGAACCGUGUGCCUGAGCGGCGACGACCAAUGAAGGUAGUCGAACGGACUGAUACUGCGGGGCUUGCCAAAGCUAUGGGCGAGAUGCGCUCCAGCGAUAGAGCCCAAUCAAGGGCCUCUGGGUCUAUGCCACCUCCUUCAAUGCCACCACCUCCCUCGUCUAUUCCACCACUCCCCUCAAUGCCGCGAUGGUCGCAGGAAUCCCACUAUCAGACACCGUCUCAGUGGUCUCAACCUAGCGGUUCUCAACGCAAGGGCGAACCGCUCUUCCUGCCAUCCUCGCAGAUGAGUGCAGCUGACGAAGAAGCGCUCCGUGCGUCUGGGCUGGGAAUUGAUGGUAUGGAUGCUGAUGAGUUUCACGCGAUGAUGGAGGACGAAGGGGAGGAAGUCGAAUUUGACAAUAGGAGAGUUCUGCCUCCUGAAAGUCUCAAUGGGGAUGGUGAGGUCGAAAACGGCGGCUUUGACCAUGAUAGUGUUAGUCUCAAAUCUGACGAGAUGGGUCCCACCCAGGAGCUUGAUGAAUAUAAGGUAGGCUGGAACCUUUACUUCUAG